AUGGCGAGUCACGGCAUCGAAAUGGGCCAAAUGGCUGCCAAGUCAGUUCAGGUCAGCGUGUCGCAUGCUCGUUCAGGCUCAGAUGGUGGAUAUCAUGGCGGUGUUUCCACAUCAAGGUCAAGUAGGAAGAAUUUGGAGCGAAAAUUUGGAUCUCUUUCAAUGCUGUCACUAUCACUUAUUUUACUAUCUUCAUGGGAGUCUAUUGCGAACAGCUUCGCGUCUGGUCUUCUGAAUGGCGGUCCAGCAGGCCUCGUCUGGGGCAUGGUGCUAUCAAUAAUAGGAACAAUGGCGAUGGCCAUGUCGCUCGCUGAGCUAGCAUCGAUUUGCCCCCGAGCAGGGGCACAAUACCACUGGACAGCCGUUCUAGCACCACCCAAGAUUCGCGCUUUCACUACCUGGAUGCAGGGUUGGAUUACUGUUUUCGGAUGGCAGGCUGCAGUCGCAAGUAUUUGUUACUUGAUGGCAACCCAGAUUCAAGGAAUGGUUCUAUUGAAUAAUUCGGACUAUAAUCCUAAGCAAUGGCAUGGCACACUUCUCAUGUGGGCGAUUGUCCUUUCUGCCGGCUUUAUCAACAUCUAUGGAAUCAAGAUCAUGCCGGCCUUACAGAUGCUUGGGGGUAUUAUGCACAUUACCUUCUUCAUUGCAAUUUGCAUUCCUCUGGUCCUCUUGUCUCGCCGAAGUACCUCAUCGUUUGUCUUUACUGAGCUGAUGGUAGGGGAAGAGGGAUGGCAGUCACAUGGUGUUGCUUGGUGUCUUGGGAUGUUGGUAGUAACAUAUUGUUUUCUGGGAUUUGAUGGAGCAAUUCACAUGAGUGAGGAAGUUCGCAAUCCGGCAGUCGUUAUCCCUCGCAUCUUGAUCCAAACCAUCGCUCUCAACGGCUUGAUGGCCUUUGUCUUCGUGCUUGUUAUACUGUUCUGCCUCAACAGUGUGGAAGACGCAUUGAACCCGCAAUAUAUUUACCCGAUGAUUGGGAUCUUCAAGAGCUCUACACAAUCCGUAGGCGCCGCCACUGCUAUGCAAACUGGUAUCUCUCUCAUUGGAAUGGUGUCCAAUACUGGUGUGGUUGCAUCUGUCUCACGGCUUACUUGGGCUUUCGCUCGCGAUGGCGGACUCCCGUUCUCUAACUAUUUUGCCCAUAUCGACCGCAAUCAGCGCGUGCCAAAACGCGCGAUUUACCUUGUGUGUGCCGCAGUCGUCAUUCUCUCUACAAUUAACGCCGCGUCAGAGACUGCUCUGAGUGCCAUUCUUGCUCUUUCGACCAGCUCUCUCUACGUCUCAUAUCUUAUUCCGAUCGUCAUGAUGAUCAUCCGGCGAUUAGAUACCAGUCGAGGGCCAAUCCAGUUUGGACCUUGGAAUCUGGGACGGUAUGGCAUGGCGAUCAAUGUUUUUGCGCUGGCUUUCGGCAUCUUCGUCUGCAUUUUCGUUCCCUUCCCUACAGAGAUACCUGUCACAGCUGCUAAUAUGAACUGGUCAGGUCCUGUUUUUCUUGGAGUCUGCAUAUUAUUGAUAAUAGAUUGGGUAUUCCGGGCUAGGAAGAAGUACAUCGGACCAAUGAUGGAUGUCAUGCAGCCAGAGAGCAAGCGGAAUAUUCCUUAA